AUGGCUGCAGAAUCUACAGAAUCUCCUACGGACACUUCCUCCACGAUUUCGUCAAAAUCUGCGAUGGAAAAACUCAUCCCGGUUCGCUUUUUUUGUGUUGCUCACUGUAAAAAAAGCGUGAAUUUUUGAAAUUAUUUCUAAAAAAAUUUAUGAGUAGGGACUUUCAAGGUUGAAAGAUAUUUGAAAAAGUUCGAAAAAUACAUUUUAUGUUUGAUUAAAUUUUUUUGAAAAAAACCAUUUUUGUAGGAAAUUUGCUACGAUAGCUAAAGAUUUUUUUCGAAGUUUUUUUCAUAUUUAAUCCAUCAAGUGAAACGGUUUCGGGGUAUUUUUUUAAAGUUAAAUAACAACAAGAUUCCGAGUUUCAAAAAAAGUUGCUGAUUGAAGUUUUUGAAGGUGGUAAAUUAAACUUUAAGCGGUUUAGUACGAUAUUUUGAAAAAAAAAAGUGCUCAAAAAUUUAAAAAAAAUGAUGAAAUUUUCGAGAAAAAUUCAAUAUUUAGAUCGAUUUACCGCAAGAACAGCCGGAUAAAUAUUUGGCAGUCGAGCAGUUGAUGCGCGGAUACGACCAUAUAAGAAAGCAAAUCGAAGACGAGAUCAAAAAAGACGCGGUGCCACGUCCGAAACGCCCAGACGUGAGGAUCCUGUCUGAAAAUAAAAGUCUUCAAUUUGGACUUUAGCUGUCAAAGUAUCGGAUCGUGAAUCCUUCGUUCCGGAGAAAGAAGAGGUCCGAGAACACAGAUCCUGAAACGCUCGGACGUUUUGGAAGUUCGAACAGUCCUUCGUCUUCGUCUAAAGAAAUUGUGAGUUCCUAUAAACGUAUAUAAAUAAACGAACGAAUGAUGUUAUAUGUCAAGUUGAUCAAAGGGGCUGGAGUUAUAGUCUAUUGGAACAAGCUUGAAAACUUUUUUUCGUCGGCACCGUCUCGAAAAAUUUGAAUAUUAAAUUUAGGGUUGAUACACAUAUUGCAUAGCGUAAAAAUUCUAUCACCUAAAAUCAGUUAUUUUGUUUUCAAUGCUACUUUGAUUAUCACUUUUUUUCAUAUUUUUUUCGAUGGUUUGAGUCAUUUAUUCAUUUUCAUUUGUUUAAUUAUUUUUUUUCUUUCAUAGGAAGUUAUAACAAUCGGAGACGACGACGAUGAUCCAAUCAGAAAGUUGGAUGAAAAUGAAAAAAAUAUCCUCCAAAAGCUCGAUUGGCACCUGAAGACAAUAUCAUUCAGGUAAAUGCGAUUUGAAAUUGGCUCCGAAACGUAAUUUGUGAUAAAAAUGAGAUCAGGAGAAAGCAAAAAAAUUUAAAUAUAAUCAAAUUCAAAUUCAUAACGUUGUUUAGCAAUUUUUUUGGCAAAAAACAAAAAAAUUUUUUUGAUUCGAUAAAGGUUUGUACGGAAAGCGGAAAAAUUUGAAUUUCUUUUUAUUAAUUAAUUCAAAAAAACUUUCGAAUCUAUUCUUUGGAAAUGUUCGAACUUUGAGUAUGCAAGAAAACUUUCAGAGAGUUUUCCUGGGCAAUUUCGUUUUGGCGCCAAAUCACGGCGACAUCGAGACGGUGACGUACGACGACAAAAAACUGGUCAGUUCUAUUGAAAUUUUUCUCGCCAAAAAGGCGUUUUUCCUAAUUAAAAUUGUGACCCAAAAAAGAAAAAUUGUUUUUCUGUUAUAAAUAGAGAAAAAAAAUGGAAUAACUAAGUUUUUUCAAAUUUUAAAAGCUACUUUUCAAAAAUUUAGUUUUUCAAAAAGAUGGCCAAUGGAUCUAUUAUUGAAAAAAAAAGCUUGGAAAGAAGAAGAAUGUUCAGUUUGAAAAAUUGAGGGACUUCGAAUUUCUUUCAGAAGUUUUGUUUCUCGGAAAAUUUCUAGAAUGGAGUUUUGAAAAAAAUGCGUCAAAAGUUUGAUGACUGAGUACAGUUAUCAAAUGAAUAAAAGCGGAUAGCCUCCAAUUUCUUCUUGUUGGAGUUUCAAAUUCGUAUCAUUUUUACCAUCGGCUGUAACUUUGAGCCUUCGAAAAAUAGGAAAUUGAGAACUUUAAGCGAUUUGUUCGGUACAGUCAAAAGUUUUUUGCGAGAGUUAGACCUUCGCUGUCAGUCCAACUGUUGCAAUCUCACUUUUCUGUAUACGAUCGCAUUUUUUCCUUGAUCACACGUUCUUCAGCUUUGCCUAAUGACAUUUGAUCUAUUGGACAACCGGUUGGUUGACGCAUUUUCAACUUUUUCGAAAAUCUAUCUCAUUCGACCAAAAAUAUUCAUAAUUUAUGCAAAGAAAAUGAAGAAAGGGAGCUGAAAACAAGAAAGAGAAGAAAAAAUGAGUGGGCAGGAAUUCAGUAAUCUCGAUGUGAGGCCGGACGAUUUCCGCAUGGCUGGAAUUGUAGUUAAUUCGCGAAACAGAAGGAUAACUCGGUAAAAAGAGGUUCCAGAUUAUCACAGCGACCCCCAUGUCCGUUGUUAUAGAAACACGACAAAAUGAUAAGUAAACGAGGAUUCAGCGCGGUUUUACCCGUUUUAUCCUUCUCCCCUGAUCUCAUUUUGGCCAGCUUCCCAGUGGAAAAUGUUUGAAAUGCAGGCCUUUCGAUCAAAUUUCGAAAAAAAAAAAUUUAAGGAUGGGGUUACGGUAUACAGUAAGUUACUGUACGUAACGUAAACUUGAAAUUCCAACAAAGUAAUGGAUUUCCACCGAUAUUUGAUAUUUUUAGCUUGAAAGUCCUUUUCAUUCCCUAGUAGGACCAUGAAAAAAGUUCGAUUGAUAAGGUAUAAUUAGAGGUUUUGCUACACGUUUUUUUUUUCUGAAUGGUAUAACGAUUUUUGCUGCAAUUUUUCACGAAAUAAUAUGGCUGCUCUGAUUUUGAUCCUUUUUUCUUCAAUAUUUAGAGUUUUGCAAUUGAAAAAAAUUUUUUCAGACAGACAGUAUCAUACUGAAAUUUGAACUAAAUUACUGAUUUGAAUGAUUUUCAAUGAAAUGAAUCUUAUCCGUCCAGAUUUUUGAGCUCUCAGAAGGUUUUUGAUGCAUUCUUUCUCUAGACUUUCCUAUAUUUUCGAAGAAAAAAAAUGAUAGAAAUAGAGUGCUUUUAUCUUUUUAAUGUUCUGAGUUUUUUUGUCAAUUUUUCCAAAAAAAUUUUUCAUGUUAUUUAAAAAUUUUAAAAAAAUUUAUGAGAAGAAAUUCUGAAAAAUUUUUUUCCUUUCUCUCAUCACUGACUUUUCUGAAUUCAGCCAACUUUUGCGCCGGAACGAGUGAUGUUUUUACCGAAAAAGUGGAGAAACGCACGAGUUUCCCCUGAACUGUCGCAAUCUCCGCCGACCACGAAUAUUCCCGGUUUUUAAUCCAAAAUUAUUUUAUUUCAAUCGAAACUCUUUCAGCUACAAAACAAGCAGAAAUCCCGGUGGAAAAUGACGAGGACGAGGUUAUUUGAAACGAAAGAUCAGCUGGAAACUAUUGGUUUUUCUUUCAGGAAAGCAUGCGACACAGCGUCUUGUACAACAUUGUCCGAAGUUGCAAUUCGAAUAUUCCUGGAUGCGCGACGGCGAAUCCCGCACAGGAAGAGCUCUCCGUCGAAGUCGGAGACGUGAUCUCGGAGCUGACCUCUCUUAUAUGUCAGUAUUCAAAAAACCCAUGGCACUUAAGCGAUCACUCGAAAGCGAACUUUUCCUCUAGAAGGAUGAGAUCCGAUUAGGGAGCAAAAAUGAUUUUUUUUUUUGAAAAUUAAUUUUUAAGCUCGGAAAUUUGCGAAACGGAAUAAGAGACUCCUUACUAGUUAGAUGAAAGGCAAAAUAAGCUCAGCUUUCAGAUUUUGAAAAAGUCUUUGGCAAGUAUGCUUUUUAUCAAAUUGCGGUCCUUUACGUGGGGUUUUAAAGACCUAGAAAAUCUCGAAAUGAGCGUGUAUGAGGAGACAGACACUCUGAAAAAACCGACUAAUCUCCAAAAUCUGAUUUUAUUUUUCCAGAUAACGGUUCUCCCGCGACUAACGAUGUGCCUGAAGAUCAAGGCGACACCUCCUCGUCGUCGCCUUCUGCUUUGCGUACGGCGUCCUAAUUACCUUGACAAUUUGCAAUGUUUUGCUUUUUCAGCUGAUUACACCGCCAACGACGGCGCCUUCCCUCUUUUGACGCCGGAAAACUCAGAAAACUUGCUCCAUCUCGCACUCGAAUGUUGCACGAGUACUCCGGCUUUCAGUCAGAGCUUUUUCUCAUCUUUCUUCUGGAAUCGUUCCGAUUUCAGGUCCAAAUGUGACCAGUCCAAGUUCGCGACGUCAGUGGAAGUCGAAAAGUUGCCAGCCGACCCCGCAAAAGGCCAAAUCUCCAGCCAAAAAAGGUAAUCGGGGCCUUCCUUUUUUCUAGAACUGUAUAGACUCAAGAAAUGGAAAAAGAGAAAGGUAGCAAAAAAAGUGCAUAAGAUCCAAUGAAAUCGGCAACAAAAAAAAUGCCUUUGUUGCUCUAAACGGAAAAUUUCUAUAUAGCCUCUUUCCACCCUUCCGACUUUGCCUAUGAUUUCGAAUGCAGCCAGAGAUUUUUUUCAAUUUCUCAAAGCAAUCUCUUUUCUUCCAGUCAAAACGAAAUGGGUCUCGAAGGUGCCACCGGAAAAGAGAAGAAAUCGUGUCAAGAAAAGCGAGACUCCGCAACCACAGCCACAGGAAAACAAAAAAGGUUUUUCAGUAUUCUAAAAUAAUUCCAACGUUAAUUUUUCAGAAGCCAGUCCCAAGGACAAAAACAAGAAAAGAGGCGCGUCUGAAGGUAGGAAAAUGAGAUAGACUAUCUAAAGUCAUUCAAUAAAAUUUAAGUUUCAGUCGAAGAAUUGCAAAAUUUUGUCGCCGACCAAGCGAAACAGAUUCAUGCUCAUCUUGCCGCUUUGGAUCUUCCAGGUAAAUUUGAAUAAUCGUAAAGACAAGAAACUGCGGCGGAAUAGCUCGAUGCGUCGCGAUUGCGUCGAGUUUCAAAAAAAUGUCCAGUUUUAGCGCUUAUUUUUUAGCUGCGCCCGACUUUUCGCGCUUUCCGACGGUUUGAAACAGUUUUUGAGACUUAUAUUCCUCAGAGGGGUUUCGUUGACUGCAAACAGUAAGAACUCGUGUUCAAAUGCGAGAGCAACGCAUUGAGCCAUUCCCUAAUUCCCAACGCCCAUUUUCAUUGUGAAACGAGAAAAUUGAAUUCAACGUAUUUCGAAGCUCAUGAGGAAAUUCAGAAGAGAGUUAUGACCACGAAGAAAUCCAAGACCCGGCGAAAAACUCCAAAAGGCCGUCCGAGGAAAGGUCUUUGACCCCGGCGCUGAUCAUCGAUGAGGAUUAUGUUCCCGGAGAUAGUUCGUGCAAACGAUAAUUAUCCGUAAAAUUAUAUUUUUGCAGACUUUGAUCUGGCGCCGCUGGAUCGUCUCGUUUACACACCGAUUCCCGACAGUAAGAUCAUCCCUUUUUUUUCCCAAAUUUCAUUUUAAAAGUCUCAAAAUGUUCACUUUUGAUAGGAAAAAUAGUAUAAAGGACAGUAGGAAAAUUCGACUUUUGUUAUGAAAUUUUCGCAGUUUUUAAGCAUCAGAAAGUUGAUUUGUGACACUCUCAGGCUUUAUUUAAAGGAGUUUUUCGGCUUUUCAUUACUUCGUAUUUGAUUUUUCCUAUAGAAAAGUUUUUUUUUAUAAAAGAUAAAUCAGUUACACGCUUGAAUUAAGAAUUAUUUUUUGCUGAAAAAUACUUAUUUUGUAACUAAUCAUUGUAAAAAGUGAUAACAACAUACAGUACCGCUCAAAAGUAUAUUAAGUUUUGGUUUUUUGAGGAUAUCUCAGCGAGUACUCAUCCGAUUUAUACAUAACUUUCAGGGAUAAUGUAAAAUAUACUUUGAAACAUAUACGGUAUACAAAUACAUGUCCGCAAUCACUGUGACGCGUUUUAGGAAUUUUUUUUUGAAUUCAAUUUUUUUUGUUUUUUAUGCUUUUAUUUUUAUUUAUUUUUAUUAAAUUUUUUAAAAGUAAUAAUGUUGCCAUAUGUUUUUUUUCAUGUUUUCAGACAUGGGAAGAACCUCUGGAAAAAAGGAUUUGACUGAUAACGACAAAAGAGCCAUCGUUGUGGGUCGUCAAAAUGGACUGACCAUGAUGACAUUGGCAGGAAUGUUCGGCGUGACAGAGGCGUGCAUUUCUCAGUUCCUAAAGCGUUGGAAAGCUCAAGAUGGCUCUACUAAGAGCCAACGCACUGGAAGACCACGUGUCACGGAUCUUAAUGACGAUAGAAACAUUUUGAAGACGUCUAGAACCAAUCCAAGACUCACCGCCCCUGUGAUCAGAAGGGAAGUUUUCUUGAAUUCGCCAUCUCCGCCAUCCGUCUCAACUGUGAAACGACGUCUGAAUGCUGCUGAAAUCAUGGGAAGACGUCCAGUGAAGAAACCGCUGAUUUCUGGAUAG